GAUUGAUUGAUGAUUGAUUGUACGUGCAGGUGAACCAGUGCUGGUGAUGAGUUUGGCUCUGUUGGGAAAACUCUGCAUCCUGGCGGCCAUCUUUAUCUCGACGCUGUACGCCAUCGAGCUGUUCCCCACCGUGGUCAGACAGCGGUGCGUGUCCCUGGUCAACCUGUGUUUCCGCCUCGGCUGUCUCCUCAACACCCUCGUUCCCCCCAACCCCAACGGAGCAAUCUCAUUGGCUGCCAUGGCCGUGUACAGCAGCGGACCGAUUGUAGGCUGCGGCCUGUGCCUGUUGCUGCCGGAGACCAGCGGCGUGACGCUUCCUGAUUCAGUGGAGGAUUGUGACCAGCAGCCUCACGCGCAGGCGCCAUCUGGAGGACAGGAUGAGAAACAAACUUUCAUCACGUAACUUUCCUCAGUACGCCUGUUUCAACAAUACUUCAUAUGCUUUUACUUUGAAGAGGUGCUUCCUGUUUUAACUAAGUCGCAGCCCAGCCUUCUCUGGUUUUUCAGUGUUUAUCUUGAAAUGUACGAAAUCUUCAAGGUUUAAACUCGUGACCUCACAAAACACUUUGAACCAAAGGAUUUCAUUAUCUGCUGCGAGCUUCAAACGUCACGACUAAAACUAAAGAUGUUCAAAGAGGUUCUGAAGAACCGUUUUCAUCGACACACGUUCCGAAGUGGACGCAGAUAUUUUCUCUAACGUAGGAAGUUUGAUUUAUUCCUGAACGUUUAACUUAAACCUAAAAUGUUUUUUUCAUGAAAAAGUCAAAUGGAAUAAAAGUAUUAAUAACUAAA